AUGGAACCAUGCAUUCUCGGAAAAAAUGGCCGCGCUUUUCAUAUUUUCCCGGGAAAACCACCGCUACUUAACGGCACAUCCAGAGGAGGAAGAAGACCCAACGAGUACCCCAGAGGACCAAAAGAUGCAUGGCCAGAAGGACAAGAGAAACUGUUUAGGUUAAAAGAAAGUGGAGGAAGGGCUCCCCCCAAACGUCAUGAAUUUAGGUGGCAUUCAGGAUUAUCCUCCAUUCCAUUCAUGCACCUUCCUUCAAGAUCACAAGGUGCUACACUUGUCAACUAA